CGCCAAUUGACCGUGUCGUGUCUUCUUCUCCCGGCGAUUACUACUUUUGGCCGCCAAACCUGUUGGUCGCGCAUCUCCACCAAAUUGCGCUGUGCCCGCCUGCUAUUCCCGUCUCGUCCCAGCUCAGGUCAUCAUCUCACCUCACCUGUCGCGUUCGACUUGACCUCUCAACCUCGCGGCUUCUCCCACUUUGUUCUCACCCUCCACCUCAUAUCCUCACCCAAAAAUGGCUCCUAGACGCAAAGCCGCAGCGGCACCGCCCGCUGAUCCGCCCUUGGACGGCUGCGCCAUCGCCCUCAGCGGCAAGUUUGACGCCAUUUCACACAACCACGGCUCCCUUGAGGCCAUCAUCCGGUCACACGGUGGCACCGUCACCAAAAGUGUCACCAAGGCUACGACGCACGUCAUCUGCACUGAGGAUGACUUCGAAGCCGGAACCACAAAGAUCGCCGCGGCGAAGGCCAAGGACCUGCCUCUCGUGAAUCCACAGUGGAUUGUCGAUGUUGACUCUAAGAAGAAGAAGCUCAGUGUCGAUGGUUACACUUGGGGAGCUAAGCAAGCAAAUGUCACCAAGUCAAAGGCUUCCACCAACGGAGCCUCAAAGAAGAGGCCUGCUGUCGCUGCCAAGGCCGAUGACGAGGAGGAAGAAGAGGAGGCAGAGGAAGAAGUUCAACCCAAGGCCAAGAAAGCCAGAGCUUCUAGAGCCACUGCCUCCAAGGCCACGAAGGCUACCAAGGCCACAAAGGCUUCCAAGGCUGACGAUGAGGAGGAAGAGGAAGAGGAGGAGGAGGAAGAUCAGCCCAAGGCCGCGCCUAAGACUACCAAAGCUACCAAAGCUGCUGCGCCCAAGGCCGCCAAGGCUACUAAGGCCACUAAAGCUUCCAAGGCAAAGGCCACGGUCAAAGAUGAGCCCGAGGAGAACCUCGAAGAGGAAAAGAUCGUGGCAGAAGGGCAGUUCAUCAAGAAGAAGGGCAUCGCCAUUCCCCUUGAUGAAUUUUGUACGCUUCCCACAUAUCAAGUCUAUGUGGACCCGAGUUCCGGCCUCAUCUAUGACGCUUCGCUGAACCAGUCUAACUCAUCCAACAACAACAAUAAAUUCUACCGCAUCCAGGUUCUGGAGGAGCCCAAGUCCAAGACAUUCAAGGCUUGGACUCGAUGGGGCCGCGUUGGUGAACCUGGCACUGGCGUCGCCUUGGGCAAUGGCACACUGGCUGAUGCCAUCAAGAACUUUGAAAAGAAGUUCAAAGACAAGUCAGGUCUGCCUUGGGAUAUGCGUGGUGGCGACCCUAAGCCUGGAAAGUAUGCCUUUGUGGAGCGCAGCUACAACCCCGACGACGACGACGAUGAGGAUGAAGAUGACGCCAAAGCUGUGAAGAAAGAGGAUGGCGAUGAGGAGGAGUCUGCCCCGCCACCCGAAUGCACCCUUGAGAAACCUGUCAAGGAGUUGAUGGAACUCAUCUUCAACCAGCAGUUCUUUAACGCCACCAUGACGUCCCUUAACUACGACGCCAACAAGCUUCCCCUGGGCAAGCUCAGUAAGGCAACCAUUACGCGUGGUUUCCAGCAGCUCAAGGAUCUUGCUGCCCUCAUGGAUGAUCCCACCCUUGCUGCGAGCAAGUGGAACACAAACAUAUCCGCUGCUACCGAGCAUCUUUCCAACACCUACUACUCUUUCAUCCCCCAUGCAUUUGGCCGCAACCGUCCCCCAAUCAUCCAAAACGACGCUAUGCUCAAGAAGGAAAUAGAGCUUCUGGAGAGCUUGUCAGACAUGAAGGAUGCUGCCGAUAUCAUGAAGAUUGACCGCAAGACAAGAGAUACCAUCCACCCCAUUGACCGGCAGUUCCAGGGUCUUGGCCUCGAGGAGAUGACGCCUUUGAAGCACGGCAGCAAUGAGUUCACUCAGCUCUCUAGCUACCUGAACGAGUCCCGCGGUUCCACACACAACGUGAGUUACCAGGUCAAGGAUAUCUUCCGAAUUGAGCGCCAAGGCGAGACGAAGCGCUUUGACGAAUCCCCUUAUACCAAGAUUGACUCGGACCGUCGCCUCCUCUGGCACGGCUCCCGAUGCACGAACUUCGGUGGUAUCCUCAGCCAAGGUCUACGAAUUGCCCCCCCUGAGGCUCCGGUGUCAGGUUACAUGUUCGGCAAGGGUAUCUACCUCGCCGAUAUGUCAUCCAAGUCCGCUGGUUAUUGCGCAUCGUACAUUUCCAACGGCGAGGCACUGCUUCUCCUCUGCGAGGCCGAGCUGGGUGACCCCAUGCAGAAACUUACUAACGCCAGCUACAACGCGGGUGAGGAUGCCAAGAAGAAUGGCAUGUACAGCACCUGGGGCCAGGGCAGCAUGGGUCCCAGCAAGUGGGUUGACGCCAGCAUCGCGCAUGAGAGCCUCAAGGGCAUCAAGAUGCCUGACACCACCAUCAAGCCUGGACAAACGAAUGUCCAGGGUGCUGGCCUCUACUACAAUGAGUACAUCGUCUAUGAUGUCGCCCAGGUUAAGCUUCGGUACCUCCUCCGUGUCAAGAUGUAGAUGGAACUGUGGCGCCCACAUGCAACGAUCUCCAUGGUCGCAACUCUUGUUUUUGUUUGAUCGGGAGGCCUGGUUCACAAUUGUUUGGGGGUUGUGGUACGGUGCUGGCAGGCUUCUAUCACGACUGACAUAUUGUCUCGUCUUUGUAUUUCACGUCGGUUGCUUGCUACGUCUCCCGCCUCGGUCGGCGCACUCGGGGUUAUUUUGACGAUUUUCACAUGUACAAUCAAUGAACUAAAAGAACCGCAGGGCCAUUCAAAAUCAACGCUUCACGCUGAUGAUGAUUGGUACUCCUGCUGGACCGGUGGGUGAUUAG